AAGAAAUUCGAGAUGAGUAUCUCAGGGUCUCCGGCGCCGACCGAAAGAGGUGUCGGCAAGAGGGGUUUUCAUCGACCGGCACGACUUGCAGAGUCCGUUUCACCCACUGCUCAAAGGUCUCCAUCGCCUGUGUUUCAUGCGAGCAUGUUCGUUGUAACGAAUGACGUUGAUGCAGCUGCACCAGCAACAAGCACGGAACGAAGGACCACUGGAGAGACCGUUCCAGGUCAACAACGGAUGAAUCAGGGAACAACCACGCAGAACAUGACGAGUCCAACGAACAGAAAGGGCCGGAUCGCUCGAGGACGAACAUCUCUCGCAGCUGGUGCAAAUAUGACUAGUACAGGAGGCCUCGUCAAUGCGAAUGGCAGUGCCGCAAAGACCGUCUCUGCCACGUGUGGCGCAUCGCCAUCCGGACUGAUGCUGUCGGUUACGUCCACAGCAGCACUUGGCUUCAACGAAACACGGGCCUCCACUCAGAGAGUGUCGCAAGAGCAAGCGGGACAACUGCAUAGCGAGCGUAGUCCCAGUCCACUGCUUGCACGAGGUUCCGACGUCAAGAGAAGAUCCAACGUGAAAGCAGGGAAUCAACAAGCGAUCAAUCAAGGCGAAGUCGUGCGGCGCAGUCGUUCUUCCUUCAGUUUGGAGCAAAUGCCAAAGCAGUACGAGCUUGCUUCUUCGGAUAAUGCUCCGGUCGUGGUGACAGCAAGCAAUGCUGGCGCAUCGAUUUCUGGUGCUGCCAUAGUGACAAAACGGGCUUUCCUGAGUGUCUCGGGGGACAGCGUACUAGCGCAGGCUCGACCAUCUGCCGGAAGCGCGGCUUCGCCUGUCAAUUAUGUGAGUUCAUCGUCGUUAAAACAAGGUGGACAACUCCUAGUGAGUAGUAGUAAACAAGAAGACGAGGACUUUGAGCUUGCUGGUGUGAACACAUGGUCGUCGGAUAUGAGGCAAGGACAAGGCAGUAUCAACAUCGAGAACUGCCGCAAGAACGGUUCGCCAGCAGCUGCAGGACAAGAAGAUGUUGAGGACAAGAACUGCUUUGAAGAUGCGGAUGCCAUGACUAGUACGUCAAAUGACGGCACUGGCAGCAAAUACACCACAGCACGUACUAACACGAGUAGUUCAUUCAAACCGUUUCAUCUUGGCCCUAACGGUGUAUCAACGUCACCGAAUAAAGUGCUUCCAGCUCCUGCAGACCUCCAGCGUAAAAAGGGGCGUCUGUUGAAAGGAGCAGCGUCACAACAUGUGGUGCUACUGCAGUCUGACCUCGUUGCGGGCCAGGACGACUCAGCUUCUGUGCAGGACGUCGCCGCCACCGAAGAAGCGUUUGGCACCCCUGCUGUACUGCUAAGUCCUCUCAAAGGUGCUGCUGCGAGCACUGCUACAACCAGAGGAACACUUCUUAGCAAGGGUACCAGUAACGCAAACAAGAACUCUAUCAUGGGACAAUUGGGAACUUCUGUAGCCGCGUCCUCGUUGGAAGAAGUGGCAGUGGGUACGAGGACUACGUCCUCCGUGGCCUUUUCGAGAAGAGAACAGCAACAUGUAAUUCAUCCCGUUGGUAAGCCAAAUCCUUCGGCGGCAGGUGUCCGACUCUCUCAAUCAGGCGUCGUCAUGGGUAAGAAUCGACAGCCGAAUCGCACGCGGAACUCAUGGACAAUCAAAAACGAGGAAGCGCAGCAACUCCUUGCCAGCGUUCUGAAGUAG